UUGAUCUUUGUUCAUCUUCUCAGUUGCUGUUCUAGAAUUCUGGUGGUGGCAAGCAAAAGCUGUCGUUUCGAAUAGGGCGAACUGAAUUCGUUCUUUAGUUGUUUGGAGGAAACGACCAUAAUUUUUUCUCACCAUCGGUGGCUAACUUCCGCCUGUAACCAUGGGGUCUCUCUUCCGAUCGGAGGAGAUGACUUUGGCUCAGCUUUACUUGCAGUCUGACGCCGCAUACCAUUGCCUGAGCGAACUUGGAGAGUUGGGUCUGGUUCAAUUUCGAGAUCUUAAUCCAGAUUUAAAUGCCUUCAACCGUCACUAUGUCACGGAGGUGCGGAGGUUGGAGGAGCUGGAGCGUCGUCUCAGAUAUAUGGAGACGGAGAUUGAGAAAUCCAACAUCAAAAUCUUGGACCCCAGCGUUGAUCCCGAUGCGCCUCCUCCAUCAGACAUCAUUGAGCUUGAGACACAGUUUGAAAAGCUGGAGGCUGAGAUCAGAGAGAUCAACUCCAACCAGGAGCGUCUCAACCGCAAUUUCCUGGAACUUACGGAGCUGAAGCACAUCCUGCGCCAGACGAAUAGCUUCUUCUCUGAGGCUACUUCUGCCAUGAACAACGGUUCGAAUUCCGUCCGGGAGGAUGAGGCAGGUCUUUUGGAUGACACGCGUUCUCGCAGCAGCCAACUCUCCUUUGUCGCUGGUGUGAUCAACCGUGACCGUGUUCCCACUUUUGAGCGUCUGCUGUGGCGCGCUUGCCGUGGAAAUGUCUUCUUGCGCUACAAGGAGAUCGAUGGUGAACUCAAGGACCCCGCAACUGGUGACCCUAUGUUCAAGACUGCCUUCGUCAUCUUCUUCCAAGGCGACCAGUUGCGUACCCGUGUGAAGAAGAUCUGCGAAGGUUUCCGCGCCACUCAGUAUCCAUGCCCGGACACUGCUGCUGAGCGCCGUGAGAUGGCAAUGGGCGUUGCCACCCGUAUUGAGGAUCUCAGCACCGUGUUGAGCCAGACCCUGGACCAUCGCUAUCGUGUUCUGCAAGCCGUGGCCAAGAACUUUCGUGCAUGGUCGAUCAAAGUGACCAAGAUCAAGUCUAUCUACCACACGCUCAACUUGUUCAGCGUCGACGUCACGCAGAAGUGCUUGAUUGGCGAAUGCUGGUGCCCCGUCACCAAUCUCGACGAAAUUCACCAGGCCCUCCGCCGUGGACAUGAUCGCAGUGGCUUGAGCGUGAUGCCCAUCCUGAAUGUUAUGAAGUCCUCUCAUACACCACCGACUUACAACAAGGUCAACAAAUUUACUCAUGGCUUCCAGAUGAUCAUUGACGCCUAUGGUGUGGCAUCCUACCAAGAAGUCAAUCCUGCUCCCUUCUCCAUCAUCACAUUCCCGUUCCUGUUUGCUGUCAUGUUUGGUGACUUUGGUCACGGCCUGGUCAUGUUUCUGUUCGCCCUCACCCUGAUUCUCAAGGAGAAAGCUCUUUCCAAGCAGAAAGGAGAGAUCUUUGGAUCUUUCUUCGGUGGUCGUUACAUCAUAUUACUCAUGGGUGCAUUCUCCAUGUACACUGGUCUUGUGUACAACGACUGCUACUCGAAAUCCUUCAACAUCUUCGGGUCGUCUUGGUCUGUGGGUGAAACGGAGCUGCACAAGGUACAGACUGAUACAAUCACGCUGAACCUUGACCGGGACUUUGCUCGUCACAACCCAUACCCGUUCGGUCUGGACCCGGUCUGGCAGCUGGCUUCCAACAAGCUCAGCUUCACCAAUUCCUACAAGAUGAAGAUGUCGGUUGUGCUGGGCGUCACUCAGAUGAUGUUCGGUAUCGCCCUGGGUAUCUUCAACCAUCUUCAUUUCCGAAACCAUGUCAAUAUCUGGACUUCAUUUGUACCAGAGGUUCUCUUCCUCGGCUGCAUCUUUGGUUACCUGGUCUUCAUGAUCUUCUUCAAGUGGAUUGGCGUCGACUCCUCUUUCCGCAGCGCAACCGGAGGAGCACCAAGUCUACUGAUCAUGUUGAUCAACAUGUUCCUGUCCUUCGGCAAUGUUUCUGAAGCGGAGAAGUUCUACUCUGGUCAAGCUGGUGUCCAGUCCGUCUUGGUCAUUGUCGCUCUCAUCGCUGUGCCGUGGAUGUUGCUGUCCAAACCUCUUAUCCUGUAUCUUCGUCAGAGGAAAGCACGUCAGACGUACUCUCCGUUCGACUCUAACAGCAUCCAAGAUGACGGUCAGGAUGUUCAGCAUGUGGAGUCUGCUCCCAAAGAGAGCCAGAGCAGCAUGGGCGACAUCUUCGUGCACCAGGCCAUCCACACCAUUGAGUUCUGCCUGGGCUGCAUUUCCAACACAGCGUCCUACCUGCGUCUCUGGGCUCUCAGUCUGGCCCAUGCCCAGCUGUCCGAGGUUAUCUGGAACAUGGGCUUGCGAAUGGGACUGAGUGCGUUGGGUGGCAGUGGCAGUAUAAUGCUCUUCUGCAUCUUCGCCAUGUGGGCAGCUGAGACCAUUGCCAUUCUGCUGAUUAUGGAGGGUCUUUCAGCAUUCUUGCACGCCCUCCGUCUUCACUGGGUGGAGUUCAACAACAAGUUCUACAAGGGAGAAGGCUACAUGUUCCAGCCAUUCUCCUUCGCCAAGAUUCUCGAUGAGUCGAAUGCCUAAUCCAGCAUGAAUCUCCUAAUAAUCCUAAAGCAUGCACUCUUGCAUUGGCCUUUUUCCACAAUGCCAUCAUUUUGCCUUGAUUUCCUUGAACUUGCUGAUGGUAUUUUCUUGUUACCAGGCUGUGGUUCUAGUUUUCCUCUGUGUUUUCCUCUGCGCUUUUUCGCCUGGCUGUAUCUUUGUUGGUGUGCUUUGAAGAGGUUGUCACUCUUACCCGUGCACUCUGCUGCGCUUCGUUUCAACUUGCAGCAUGUCAUGUGUGUUCUGGAACUAAUGCCUUGUUAUACAAUGUG